CAACGUAACAAAUUAAAUGGUGUAAUAUGAAGUGCGAAAACAAAGUACACUCAAAUACAGAAAUAUAACAAUAAUAAUGCAGGGUACAAGUGGUGAUAUAACCCCUAAAAAAUGGAUCAGCUCAACAAAAUAUAUAAGGGGAAAUGGACUAGUUAGAUGGGGGUGAGGAGAGGGUAGGAAUGGUGGGAAUUGAAGGGAUGGUAGUGGGAAUAUUAGCGGCGGCCGCCGUCAAAGGUGGCAGAGUCAGCUUGGGAGCGGAAGGCAAUGUGGGGAGCGGCAAAGAUGGCAAAGGUGGCAAUGUAGUAGUGGUCACCUUUGGAGCUGAUGAAGGCAAUGUGGGAAGGGGUGUGUUUGGCAAAGAUGGCAUUGGAGGCAGUACUGUGGCUGUUGGCAAUUGCGGCAGAGAUGGGAUCGUAGGCAGUGGAGGCGCUGCCGGAAUCUGCAACAGGCGGCGAGCCCCGGUGGUGCCGAUGCUCGAAAGGGACAAUGUUAUGAUCAAUGAAAGGGCAACAACAUUGCUCAGAGCUGCAGCCAUGAUUGUUUUUGCUUAGUUGGUUUAGGCUUCAGAGAGAGAAUGUAUGUUUGUUGUGUGA